AUGUCCAGCAGAUCAGAAAGAGCGUGUAUGCUCUGUGGGAUCGUCCAGCCCAUGAAGAGGUUUGUCGACUACGGCUGUCCCAACUGUGAAUCACUUUUGCAUUUUCAAGAUAAUGAAGAAGGACAAGUUCAGGAUUGCACAUCUCCUUCUUUCGAAGGGUUGGUUGCCUUGGGUCAGGACAACAGAAACUCGUGGGUAGCCAGAUGGUUACGUAUUGACUCGUUUAACCCUGGACUUUAUGCGGUCAAGGUGAAUGGAAAGUUGCCUCCUCAUAUCAUCAGUGACUUGGAAGCCCAGGAUGUGAUAUACAGACCCAGAGAUGGAAGUGCCGAGGAUUAG